GCAGAUCUGGAGCGGUCCGGUUCCUCCCUCUCUGGGUCUCAGCCUCACUGGUUCCRCACACUGCAGGUUGGACGCUUCAGAGUCCCACGAGGACGCAGCAACAGUGACCCUUUGAGAGCAGCCAGCAUGCAGGAGCUGUUCACCUGGAAAGCACAUCUGGAGUUUGGAGCUGCUCGGUCCUACCUGAGUCUGGAGAAGCUGGGAGAAGGAGCGUUCGCCUCUGUCUACAAAGGCAUCAGCAGAUCUUCAUGUUCCAGCUGCUGAGAGCUCUCACAUACAUCCACAGUCUCAGGAUUCUGCACCGAGACCUGAAGCCUCACAACCUGCUCAUCAGUUAUCUGGGAGAACUUAAACUGUCCGACUUCGGUCUGGCUCGGUCCAAGUCUAUCCCCAGUCAGACCUUCUCGUCUGAAGUGGUGACACUGGGGUACCGUCCUCCGGACCUUCUGCUGGGAUCUACAGAUUACUCCACAGCUCUGGACAUGUGGGCGGCGGGCUGUGUCUUCAUAGAGAUGCUGCAGGGUUCCCCAGCAUUUACAGGAGGUUCUGAUGAGCUGGAGCAGCUGCAGAACAUCUGGAUGGUCCUGGGUGUCCCGUCUGAGGACACCUGGCCUGGAGUCAGUCUGCUGCCUAACUACAGGCCAGCUGUGUCCAUCUUUAAAAUCCCUGGAGUUCAUCUGGAGACAGAAUUCAGAGAUAUCUUCAACCCAGGGCAGAGGCUGAAACGAUCUUUACUUCAUGCUGCAAAACACCGGUGAUCCAUCAACUUUAAUCAGAUCUAAAUGAACCUGACAAGAUGAGCUGAGGGAUGAACUGAUUGUGACUCCAGGUGUCAGCUGUGUCCUACAAGAUAUUCAUGAAGAAUAACUUCAUGUCUGACCACAAGUGACUGAAGUCUGUCAUUCAUUCUGUUAUUAAAAUUAAUUAUUGAAAAGUG